AUGCCGCCUCCACCGCAUAUCAAGCCUGAGAAUGUCCUGAAAAGGGCUCAGGAACUUAUCGCUGUUGGCCAGGCUCCGGCUGCCCUGACCGUCCUCCACGAACAUGUUACCUCCAAGCGGACGCGAAGCAGCCCGAUUGCUUCUCUCGAACCGGUUAUGCUUCUUUUCGUUGAACUCUCUGUCGACCUCCGGAAAGGCAAGGCUGCCAAGGAUGGCCUGUAUCAGUACAAGAACAUCGCCCAGAACACGAACGUGGGAACUAUCGAGGUUGUUCUUAAGAAGUUCAUCGAACUUGCGGAGAAGAAGGUGACGGAAGCCCAAACCAAGGCCGAUGAGAUCCAGUCCUCUCUCGAGUCAGCGGCUCCCUCCUCCAACGUCGAGGAUUUGGAAGCCAUCGAAACCCCCGAGACUAUUCUCCUCGCUACCGUUUCUGGUGAACAAUCCCGCGACCGCACCGACCGAGCUGUUGUUACCCCAUGGCUCAAGUUUUUGUGGGAGACGUACCGAACUGUUCUGGAGAUCCUGAAAAACAACGCUCGCUUGGAAGUCAUGUACCAAACCACCGCUCUGCAGGCUUUCCAGUUCUGCUUGAAGUACACGCGCAAGACAGAGUUCCGUAGACUCUGCGAGCUUCUCCGCAACCAUGUUCAGAAUGCCGCCAAGUAUUCUGCCCAGAUGCACGCCAUCAACCUCAGCGACCCCGAUACCCUGCAACGCCAUCUGGACACUCGUUUCCAGCAGUUGAACGUUGCCGUUGAGUUGGAACUCUGGCAGGAGGCUUUCCGCAGCAUUGAGGAUAUUCAUACUCUCCUCAGCCUCAGUAAGCGUCCCGCAAAGAACGUUAUGAUGGCCAACUACUACGAGAAGCUUGCCCGGAUCUUCCUUGUUAGCGAGAACUAUCUUUUCCACGCUGCUGCUUGGAGCCGUUACUACAACCUUCUCCGCCAAUCUGCGGUCACCCUGUCCGCCAACCAGGGCUCCAAGAAGGACCACCCUUCAGUUUCGGAGGGCGACAUGACCAAGGCCGCUUCAUUUGUUCUUCUUUCUGCUCUUUCCAUCCCCGUUAUCAGCACAUCUCGCUCUCGAGGUGCGCUGAUUGAUGUGGACGAGGUCCGCAAGAACAAGAACACUCGCCUCACCAACUUGCUUGGCAUGGCACAGGGUCCUACCCGUGGUGUUCUCUUCAGGGAUGCUUUGAACAAGGGCAUGCUCAAGCGUGCUCGUCCUGAGAUCCGUGACCUCUACAACAUUCUUGAAGUUGACUUCCACCCUCUGUCUAUCUGCAAGAAGGUUACCCCCAUCCUUAAGCAGAUUGGUGCCGAUCCCGAGAUGGAGAAGUAUGUUGGACCUUUGCAGCAGGUCAUUCUCACUCGUCUCUUCCAGCAGCUGUCCCAGGUCUAUGAGUCCGUUUCGCUCAAGUUCGUGUACGAACUGGCUCAGUUCCCCGAUCCUUUCCAGAUUACCCCAUCCAUGAUCGAGAAGUUCAUCAUGAACGGCUGCAAGAAGGGUGACCUUGCUAUCCGCGUCGACCACAUCUCUGGUGUUCUUACCUUUGAUACCGACGUUUUCUCCUCGGCCAAGGCUUUGCACUCUGGAAGCGCUGCCGGAUCUGCGGAAAGUGAACUCGGCUCCGUACAACGUCUGCAAAACACCCCUGCCGAAAUUGCCCGUCAGCAGCUCACUCGUCUGGCCAAGACCCUGCACGUCUCAUGUGUGUAUGUCGACCCGACUUACAAUGAGUCUCGUCUCCAGGCCAAGCAGACUGCUCUUGCGCGUGCUGCGGCUGGCGCUGCCAAGGAACAUGAAGACACUCUCGAGCGCCGUGUUGUUAUUGAAAAGAAGAAGGAGGCCGCCACUGAUGCUCUGCAACGCAAGCAAAGAGAAGAGGAAACCCGCAAGCGCCUUCGCACUCAGCAGAUCCAAGAGGCUGAGAAGCAGCGACUUGCCGAGGAACAGCGCGAGCGUGAGCUGAAGCGCAUCAAGGACGAACAGGACCGCAUCCGCCAGCAAGAACUCAAGAAGCAGCUCGAAGAGUUGAAGACCGGCGUUAAGGGCAUUGACAUUAGCGAAAUUGAUCUAGAGGAUUUCGAUGCUAACCGUCUCCGUGCCAUGAAGCUUGCACAGCUCGAGAAGGAGAAGAACGAACUUAAUGACCGCGUUCGCACCACUGGCAAGCGUAUCGACCAUUUGGAGCGUGCCUUCCGCCGUGAGGAGUUGAAGCACAUCUCUGAAGACUAUGAGGCCCAGAAGAAGCGCGACAUGGAGGUCUACGAGCACCAGAAGGCCGAGUCUCUGGCCGAAUCCGAGGCUAGACACAAGGAAGCCGUCGCUCUUAAGCACCGUCUCAGCCGCCUGGUACCCCAAUUCAGCAACUUCCGCAAGGAAGUCUCAGAGAAGCGCCACGAAGAAUUUGAGAAGCGCCGCAAGGCAGCUGAGAGAGAGUUCGAGGCUAAGAAGAAGCAGCGUGUCAAGGAUGUCCAGGAGCGCAGGCGCCGUGAGAGAAUCGAGCGCGAGAACGCCGAGCGUGCCAGGCAGGAGGAAGAAGAGCGUGCUAGACGCGAGGAGGAGGAGACAGCCGCCAGGGACGCCGAGCGACGCCGCGUGUUGGCUGAAGAGAAGGCCAAGCGUGAAGAAGAGAGAGCCAAAAUGGAUGAAAUUGCCGCCCGGCAAAGACAGCGUGAGGAAGAAGCAGAGGCCCGCCUUUUGGCAAAGAAGUCUGGCGCUCCAGAGCCUCCUACCCGCGCAGAACCUACCGAACGAAGCGCUCCUCGUCUCAAUCUUGCUCCACGCACUGGUGGCGGUCCUAGCUGGAGAGAGCGUCAAGCUGCCAGGGAACCUUCUGGUGCCCCCGCGGAGGCGCCCACGGAGCCCGAGGCCCCCAGACGAUCCGGUUACGUGCCCCCUCACGCUCGUGGUGGUACCGAUGCGCCCCCUCCCUCCUCCGGUCGUUACGCUCCUCCCCAACGCUCCUCUCAACCUCCCCCUCGCGCAGAAACCCCCCAGUCUUCGUCCGAUAAGCCCGAAGAACCCAAGCCCGCUGGCAGCGGUGGAAAGUGGGUGCCCAGAUGGAAGCAGCAGCAGAACCAGUAA